AUGAUAGAACUGCAUAAGACUAAAUUUAAAGCUAGCUAAAAGGAAAUACCAUUAGAUUACUUUCGAGUAUAAAUUUUGACGACGAUACAACCCCAUGGCCAGCUCAAAAUGAGAAAAUCACUGUUAAAGAAUUAACUCCUUAUGGAAAUUACUUUCUUAAUUUUACAUCUUCUUAUCUUAGCUUAUAUUUGA